GGAUGCUCCCUGGCUCCGUUGCUUCCGGGUCCAGUGUUGCCAGGGGAGAGGUGGCCUCGUCGGGGACCUGUUGGAGAUGACAGCUGAAGAAAGCGGAUUAAACAAUAAACCCCGCAGAUAGCGAAGAAACCUUCUCUCGCAACACUGUGGAAGAAAAAGGGGCGCUGACCCAUGGAGUCGUUGAUCAGCGCGGUGGCUCCGCGCUCCCCAGCCAUCGUCAAGAGGCCCUCUGAGGUGGACUUCCGGUCGGGGGCCACGCUGGAGCAGCUGUCCCUGCAGGCGUCUGAGCUGGUGCUGCUGGAGCAGGGAGACUUUGGGGACCAGACGGCCCUGGAGGUCCACACGGCCAAAGACUUCAUCUUCAACAUGCUAGGUCUGGUCCAGAAGGUGGACCAGCGCCUCCCGGUGGCCAACGAGUACCUGCUGCUGUCCGGCGGCGCCCGGGAGGGCGUGCUGGACCUGAACCCCGAGGACCUGGGCGACUACGCCAAGGGCGCCGACUUCGACCUGGACUUCACCCUGCUGGUGCCGGCGCUGAAGCUCCACGACCGCAACCAGCCGGUGACGCUGGACAUGAGGCGCUCGCCGCCCUGCCACUCGUGGCUCAGCCUGAGGCUCUGCGACUCGGCCACGCUGGCCCGCUGGAGCGUCUGCUGCCAGGAGGAGAACCUGCUGCACCCGGCCGAGGACGAGGAGGAGUACGAGGAGGAGCUGGGCAGAGGCUCCGCCUCCUCGCCCGGCUCCCCCCAGUCUCUGGACGGCUGCUACUUCUCCCCGGCGCUGGUGACGGACUGGUUCUGGGCCGUGGUGAGCCAGGCGGUGGAGGAGCUGCGGCGCAACCCCAAGAGGGGCAUCCCCGUCCCGGAGAGGCUGGAGCGCAACGGGCCCCUCACCACCAUCAUCCUCCAGGCGGGCUCCAGCCGGGUGCUGUACGACCUGGUGCCUGUGGUGUCGUUCCGGGGCUGGCCCGCCGUGGCCCAGGGCUGGCUGACGGCAAACCACUUCUGGGAUGGCAAGAUCACGGAGGAGGAGGCCAUCUCGGGCUUCUACUUGCUGCCCUGCUGCUCGCCGCUGGCCGGGAGGCCCGACCGGGAGUGGAGGCUGGCCUUCUCCCGCAGCGAGGUGCAGCUGAAGAAGUGCAUCCCCUUCCCCAUGGCGCAGGCCUUCCAGGCGGCCAAGGCCGUGCUGUCCCGCCUGCUGUCGCGGCCCCGCACGGGCCUCAGCCCCUACCACCUGCGCACGCUCCUCUUCUGGGCCUGCGACCGCCUGCCCGCCUCCUACCUGUCCUCCCCCGAGACGGACUCGCCCGGGCGCCUGCUGCUCGGCCUCCUGGACGACCUGGCCCACUGCAUCCUGGGCAAGAACUGCCCCAACUACUUCCUGCCCCAGUGCAACAUGCUGGAGCACCUGUCGGACGGCCAGGCCCUGCUGCUGGCCCGCAAGCUGGGCCACGUGCGCUCGGACCCGGCCGAGCACCUGCGCGCCGCCCUGGACCAGGCGCGGCAGGCGGGGCAGCUGAAGAAGGAGGCGCUGGCUGGCGGCGGCGGCGCCAACGGGCAGGCGGGGUCGCCGGGCCACGGCCCCGCCAACGGCAUCAUCUCGCCGUGCGAGGACAAGCUGGCCCAGCGGCUGCAGCAGCUGGUGACGGAGAACCCGGGCAAGUCCAUCUCGGUGUUCCUCAACCCCGACGACGUGACGCGGCCGCACUUCCGCAUCGACGACAAGUUCUACUGAGGCCCCCCCCGCGCGCGGGCGGACGAGUCCUGCCGCCGCACGACUGUCCCGCCACGGCCGUCCGCUCAAAGCUCACAC